AUGAUGAAAGAUGCCCUGAAGAAGACGAAAGUGGUGGUGCGCAAGCUACCGCCGAAUCUUAAGGAGGAGUCAUUCGUCGAGGCGCUUAAUAAGAAGUAUCAAGGCCGCUACAACUGGAUCAUGUUCUACCCCGGAAAAUCGUCGGCCAAGAAGACGGCGCUGUCAAGGGCCUACAUCAACUUUUUCUCGCCCGACGACGUGCUUGCUUUCUCCUCCGAUUUUCACGGCCACACCUUCGUCAACGAGAAGGGGCAGCAGUUCCAGGCGACAGUGGAGUACGCGCCAUGGCAGAAAGUUCCCAGGGAGGCUCAGAGGAAGGACCCCAGGCAGGGGACUAUAGACAAAGCAGCGCUGGAGCUGGGCGAGGAGAGCCUCCCGUAUUCUGCAGCCUGCUUCUCCUCGUUCCUCAGGGGUCCACUCUCUUUCUAUCCCAGACCUCCCCUUUCUCCCCCACGCCCCCCACCCCCUCCUCCUCCCUGCCCUCCCCCAGACCCCGAGUACGUGGCGUUCCUAGCAGCGCUGGAGCAGGGCGAGGAGAGCCUGCCGAGCGCAGAGGUGCAGCUGGAGAAGGCAGAUGCUGCCAAGGCUGCUGCUGCAGGUGCGUGCUCGUUGAGUCUGUCAGUCCAGGGUGAUAGAAUUGGAACUUAA